GUUUUAAAAACCGAUCACGAGGGGAGAGGGAGAGAGAGAGGCGAGGAGAGAUCCCCGACCAAACCCCGCGAAUUCAAGCGAGAUCGAUCCGCGCGGCGGCGGCGGCGGAGGAGGAGAUCAUGCCGGAGAAGGCGGUGGACGACGUCAUGGACUCGGCGGUGGGGGCCCACUUCAGCGGCCUCCGGCUCGAGGCGCUCCGCCUCUCCUCCCCCUCCGCCCCGUCCUCCCCUUCCUCGGCCAAGGCGGCGGCGGUGGCCCACCCCAACGGCGCCGUGUACGCGAACGGCACGGCCUCUUCUUCUUCUGCUGAAGCAGCGGAGCUCGCGUCGCCAUCCGCUCUCAGGCAGCCCUUCGUCAUCGGGGUUUCGGGCGGGACGGCGUCGGGGAAGACGACGGUGUGCGACAUGAUCAUCCAGCAGCUGCAUGACCACCGCGUCGUGCUCGUCAACCAGGAUUCCUUCUACCGUGGGCUAACUGCUGAAGAAUCUGCACAUGCCCAAGAUUACAACUUUGAUCACCCUGAUGCAUUUGACACAGAACAACUUCUGGAAUGCAUGGGGCAGCUAAAACGUGCACAGCCUGUAAAUGUUCCUAUAUAUGACUUUAAGAAUCACCGACGGUGCUCUGAAAGUUUUAGAAAGGUCAAUGCAUCAGAUGUCAUCAUAUUAGAGGGCAUUUUAGUCUUCCAUGAUCAAAGAGUUCGCAAUCUGAUGGACAUGAAAAUUUUUGUGGACACAGAUGCUGAUAUUAGGCUAGCUCGAAGAAUAAGGCGUGAUACAGUUGAAAGAGGUAGAGAUGUUAGCUCAGUGCUUGACCAGUAUGGGAGGUUUGUGAAGCCAGCAUUUGAUGACUUUGUUCUCCCUUCAAAGAAAUAUGCUGAUGUGAUCAUACCACGAGGAGGUGAUAAUCAUGUUGCCAUUGACCUCAUUGUUCAACACAUUCGUACUAAGCUUGGUCAGCAUGACUUGUGCAAAAUCUUUCCAAAUGUUUACGUGGUUCAAUCAACAUUCCAGAUCCGAGGAAUGCAUACUCUUAUUCGUGAUAGGGACAUCACUACACCUGACUUUGUCUUCUAUUCAGAUCGGUUGAUCCGUCUGGUAGUUGAGCAUGGUCUGGGGCAUUUGCCAUUUACAGAAAAGCAGAUUAUUACUCCAACAGCUUCUGUUUAUAUGGGAGUUGAAUUUUGCAAGAAGCUCUGUGGAGUGUCUAUUGUCCGAAGUGGUGAAAGUAUGGAAAACGCAUUGCGCGCCUGUUGUAAAGGAAUAAAAAUUGGCAAGAUUCUAAUACAUCGAGUAGGAGACAAUGGACAGCAGCUUAUAUACCACAAACUGCCCAUGGAUAUUGCAGAACGACAUGUUCUACUUUUGGAUCCGGUGCUUGGUACAGGUAACUCAGCAAAUCAAGCUAUUGAGCUUCUGAUAAGAAAAGGUGUUCCAGAGGAGCGGAUCAUAUUCCUCAAUCUCAUCUCGGCUCCUGAGGGAAUUCAAUGCGUCUGCAAUCGAUUUCCGAGGCUGAAGAUUGUAACCUCCGAGAUCGACACCGGAUUGAGCGAGGAAUUCAGAGUAAUCCCGGGGCUGGGAGAGUACGGUGACCGCUACUUUGGCACAGACAACUGAUGCUCCGUAGCAUUUCUGGCGUCGCGAGAAGGGUCAUCAUCAUGAGAUUUGCUCCAAUUCGAUAAAAAGUACCUUGAGAUACCGAUAGUACCAAAUCGUUUCUGAUCGUUAGAUCUAACAAUGUUCAUCUUGUUUAGUUAGAUCCAAUGGUGUUAAUUGAUUUAGUAUCGUGAGGUAUCAGUAAUUUGAGAUAUUUUUUUUUGACCAGAGCAAAUCUUCGGCAUCAUACAUCGGAAGGCCGAGUCUAGCUGUAUAUGGCCACAAGGCCGUGCUACAUCGUCGUGUGUUAAGGUGGGAUCGAUGGGUAUUAGCUUGUCAUAGAAAUGAUGUGAACGGUGAACCCCCAAAAAAGCACACCCCAAAAGCAAAAUAUGGUGUACAUCGCCUCCGAAACCAGCCAGCCAUAGCAGCAUUAACGGAGAGCGAUGGAAUUGUGUGCUAAUCGUGAUUGUUUUGAGUGCUUCUCGCUCAUCUGUGUACUGCGUUCCUCUUUGUUCCUCAUCCCAAAAAAUGUGUUCCAAGCAUAGAGGCCCCAUCCUGACCUGAAAUUCGUCCAUAUCGUUUUGGGACUUUGAGAUCUGUAAUGA